AUGUGCCCCUGGACGCAGCUGUCGGUCCUGGGCCUGACCCUGCUCCUCCUGCUCGGCUCCGUUCCCUCCACACGGACAGAAAACCCCUCGGCCCUGGACAGCAGUGCCCCGUGGGGUCCAGCCCUCCUGGCCCGAGUCCUGGGCGUCCUUCCUGUGGGGGAGCCCCUGGCCUUGAACCACUCGAGACGCUUCGCCAGGACGCUGCUGCAGAGAGCGGGGGGUCCGUGCGUUGAACCGGACACUCUGUUGCAAAUAGCCAGAGGGGGCCUUGAGGACGGGCUCCGAGAGGAUGUGUUCCGGAAGGUUCCCCUCCUCCUCCUCUACUACAUCGUGCACCAGGAAGAGAUCUGCUCAUCGAGGCUCAGCAUGGGCGACAAGCCGUAUGCGUUCUACCUGCACAGCCUGCUCGGCCUGCGGCAGGACGAGGACCCCCGCUUCCUGUCCCGGAAUGAGAUGGACGACAUCCUGGCCGUCACCAGGAGGCACUUCCACAGCCCCCGGAGCCAGUGUGUGGAAACCAAAACGCUGCAGGAAAAAUCUGGGGUCCUGAGCAGAGACGGUGCCGACGAGAACACGCUCCCUCAGCUGGCCGCGGCCAUCAUCGCGCUGUCCCUCCAAGGCGUUUGUUUGGGACAAACAAGCACGCCUUCCCCAGACUAUUUCACGGAAUAUAUUUUCAGUUCCUUGAACAGUACAGAUGCUCUUCCCCUCUCAGAACUAGAGCAGCUCCUCAACACUCUGUGGACACAAAUCACCUGUAACAGGAGAGAGAAAAUCCGCCCACACCAGAGGAAACGGAACGACACGACGGCCCACCACUGGGGUGCCCCUAACGUAUCCGCGGCGGUGGACACGGAGCCAGACGCUGGCCCGGUUUCCUGGGGUCAGACGUGCCUCUCUGCCAGGCAGCUGGCGGAGAUAUUUUCACGGAGCGGCCGCUCGCCUGUGUCUAAGGAGGUCUUCAAGCAGAUGAGUCCAGCAAUCAUCCAGCAACUUCUCAGCUGCUCCUGCCGGCUUCCCGAGGACCCGCCAGCCAAGCUGCUGCCCUCCACCCUGGAGAAGUUCGGCUACGGCUCAGCAGCUGUGGUGCUGCUGGUGCUGGGCUCGGCACUGGUCACCCUGCCACUAGGGACCCGCGGCUGCCCGAGGGACCACCACCCACUGCUGCAGCUGUUCGUGGGCCUGGCCGCUGGCGCCCUGAGCGGGGACGCACUGCUGCACCUCAUCCCCCAGAUUCUUGGCAUGCAUAAGCAGAAAGCCUCAGAGUCCGGGCAUUUCCAUGAAAGCGAGAGCCAUAUUUGGAAACUGUUGGGAUUAAUUGGAGGCAUCCAUGGAUUUUUCUUGCUAGAAAAAUCUUUUAUUCUUCUUCUGUCACCAAAGGCCAAGCAGGGCGAGCCCCCAGCUCAUGGGCCCGACGGGCACCCCCAUGAGCCGGCUCCGGACGCUGCGUGGAGUGGCCAGCCAGCCGGGGGCCAGUCCGCUUCAACCGUCCAGCUGGAAAGUCCAGAGGACUCUCAGGCAGCUGAAAUUCCUACAGGUGAUGUGACAGCCUCCAACAGGAAAUGCGACACUGCGAGCAGACUGGCAGUCAUGCUCCUCAUGGGCAGCGGCCUGCACACCCUCGCGGACGGCCUCGCGCUCGGAGCCGCCUUCUCAUCCUCGCCCGAGACGGGAGUGACCACGGCGAUCGCCAUCCUGUGCCACGAGAUUCCACACAGGAUGGGGGACUUGGCUGUGCUCUUAAGCUCUGGACUUCCCAUCAAGAUUGCCGUCCUGAUGAAUUUCCUAAGUGCUCUAACUGCCUUUGUAGGACUCUACGUUGGCCUCUCGGUAUCAGCUGAUCCACAUGUUCAAAACUGGAUCUUAGCGCUCACUGCCGGAAUGUUCUUAUAUUUAUCUCUGGUGGAAAUGCUUCCUGAAAUGACUCACGUUCAAACACGGCGACCCGGGACGCUGUUUCUGCUACAGAACUGUGGCUUGGUCCUAGGUUGGCUUUCUCUCUUCCUGUUGGCUCUGUGUGAGCAGAAUAUCAGAAUGUAAGUUAGGACUCUCAA